AUGUCAACUGAUGAAAUUAAUAAUUUUAUGAUGAUUACGGGUACAGGGGACUCAGAAUUGGCCAGUCAGUUUUUAGAAAUGGCAGGGUUCAACCUUGAUACAGCAAUUUCAUUAUAUUUUGAACAUGGUGGCAAGUCUCUGUUAAAUAGUAAUACCAAUAAUCAAAACGAUAACAAUAACGACGAAGCACCUUCUAAUAUAGUGAAUGUUGAUUCGGAUGCUGAAUUAGCUCAAAGGUUACAAAAUGAAGCUUAUAAUACCCCACAACCUGGAGAUACUGGAUACAUUAGACCACCAGAUGAAGCAAGACACGAAACAUUGGCUGAGACUCAUAUUUUCCCCGGAACAUACGGUGGCGUCGGUGGGGCAUUUCAACAUUUACGCCGUCAAGUAAACGAUAGUUCUGACAUUUUUGAUAGUUCACGACCAGUUGGUGUAUUUAACCAAAGGUUUGAAUCUAAUGAUAGUGAUUCAGACUCAGACUCAGAUUCAGACUCCGACGUUUCAAUUCAAGAAGAUGCUGAAAAUUUAUAUGAAUAUGUGGAGGAACCAGCUAUUGAAAUAACUGAAGAUGGAGAAGUUAGAGAAUAUACUAAGCUUAUAAAAAAAACAAGAAAUAUCACAAAAGAGGAAAGGUUGGCGAUGUUAUUCAGACCUCCUUUUGAAAUAAUGUCUAAAAUAGAUCUCGAUAGGGCCAAGAAUAAAGCAAUGAAAAAGAAGAAAUGGAUGAUGAUUAAUAUUCAAGAUGUGGGUAUCUUCCAAUGUCAGGCAUUAAAUAGAGAUUUAUGGUCAUCUAAAAUAGUUAAGAAAUUUAUUAAAAAAAAAUUUAUUUUUCUACAAUACCAGUACGACUCCAGAAAUGCUCAACAAUAUAUCCAGUUUUAUAACUUACAGAAUAAAGAAAAUCUACCACACAUUGCUAUAUUGGACCCUAUAACUGGUGAAAGAUUAAAACAAUGGAAUGCGAUUGUUCCUAAAGAAAAUGAGUUUAUAAAUGAAGUCGAAGAGUUUUUAUCCAACUUUUCAUUAGACCCAAGCACAGUCAAUCCAAUUGUCAAUGAGCCUGCUCCAAAACUCGAUCCAACAAUUUUAUCGGAAGAACAACAAAUGGAAUUUGCUAUUAGGCAAUCCAUGGGUCUCUCAUCUGAAGAAACCUCAGAAGAAUAUAAGCCUUCACUGAAAACAGAUAACGUUAAGGAUAAUGAGCCUGUAGAGGAGAAUGAUGAACAAUUCGACGAGAAGGAAAGCAGUAUCCUUGCUUCAAUUAACCCAGUCGAACAUAUAGAACCACCAAAUAGACCAGGCAUAACAACUAGGAUCCAAAUACGAAUGGGCAAUGGCCAAAAAAUUGUUAGGAGAUUUAAUGCCACCGAAGAUAAAGUUCGUACAAUAUACGAAUUCAUAAAACAUGAUUUAACCGAAUAUAGUGACGUAGAGUUCACUCUAUCCGACCAUCAACGUCAUGACUUAAUUGAUAAACUAGUUAUGACCAUAGACGAAGCUGGAUUGAAAAAUAGUUCCCUUCUAUUGGAAAAAGUCCAAGAGGACUAG